CGGAGCGGCGCCGCGCAUGCGCGGUAGCUGCGGUGGGCAUAGGGCAGGGCAGAGGGGAAGGUCGGCGGGCUCAGCCCCCGUUCCCCUAGGGAGCUGUCCGGCGCCCUGGUGGGUCCAGGCCGAGGCCUGCCGGGAAAGGCAAGGCUGACACGAGCGCUCUGCAGGGUCGAGGAAAUCCGCGUGUGAACCCACGCUGGGAGAUCACUGACAGAGCCCUAUCACUGCCGGCGGGGUUAAGAUCGGUGUUGUGGUGCGGGGAAGGUAUUAAGAGAAAAGGAUCCUUCUGGGUCUGUGUGCCCACUUCGAAGCUAAUUAAGGGUGUGGUAGGGUGUGAAUCUAGGCAGCAGUGGCUGCUCUUGACUGGCUCCAGGUGUGCGUGCAUACUCCAAGUAAUUCUAAAGCUGCUACAGUUUGUGCAUGUACAAAUCCUAAAUCCUUGUCCUGUGAAGAAUGUCAUGGCUUGAACCAUGGAGAAAAGGUGGUAUACCAGAGUGUUGUCAUGGAUCGGAUUUUCUCUGGUAUUCAGCCAACUGGGACGCCUCAUCUGGGCAACUACCUUGGAGCCAUCCAGAACUGGGCGAGGCUGCAGGAACAAUCCAGCUCGGUGUUAUAUAGCAUAAUGGACAUGCACUCUCUAACUAUGCCUAAGGAGCCGGCUGUCCUGCGCCGGAACAUACUGGACACCACUGCUGCCAUCCUUGCCUGUGGUAUUGACCCAAAGAAGUGUUUCCUGUUCCGACAGUCACUGGUUCCUGAGCAUGCUGAACUUGCCUGGAUUCUUGGGUGCUUAACUAAUGUGCCACGUUUACUACGCUUACCCCAGUGGAAGAUGAAGUGUACCAGCCAGAAUAAUGAAGGAACCGUUGGUUUGUUGACCUACCCUGUGCUUCAAGCAGCAGAUAUUUUGCUGUACAAUGGCCAGCUAUCUGAAUAUGGAACCAUUUUGGCAUGUGGAAACAUUUCUUUUGACCGGCUUAAAGUGUAUCGAUUAUGGUCGACACAUGUUCCUGUUGGAGAAGAUCAAGUCGUGCACCUGGAACUAGCCCAAGAUAUAGCACAACAUUUCAACAAGAAAUAUGGAGAAUUCUUUCCUGUGCCCAAAGCCAUUUUAAGUACAACAAAGAAGAUAAAGUCCCUCAGAGAUCCAGCAGUGAAGAUGUCUAAGUCAGACCCACAGAAGUUAGCUACUGUUAGUGUAGCAGACAGCCCUGAUGAGAUAGUGCUGAAAUUUCGUAAAGCUGUGACUGACUUUACGUCUGAGGUGACCUACGAUCCAGUGAGUCGUCCUGGUGUCUCUAAUCUGGUGUCCAUUCAUGCCGCCAUAACAGGACUUAGUAUAAAAGAAGUGCUGCACCAAUCUGCUGGUCUCGACACUGCUCGCUACAAAAUGGUGGUAGCAGAGUCAGUUAUUCAAAAAUUUGCACCUAUCAGGAAUGAAAUCAAGAAACUCCAGGAAGACAAAUCCCAUCUGAUAAAGGUUUUAGAGGAUGGAGCAGAGAAAGCCAAAGAACUGGCUGCCCCCAUCUACCAAGAAAUAAGAAGACUGGUGGGAUUUCAGUAAAAACUGAUGAAUGGUUGCAAGGACUUUUUUUUCCCCCUGGGGCAGCCAUUUUUUUGUUUGCAUCUUCUUAAUCAUUUCAGUUUGAAACAAAAACUUGUAUCCUGGAAAAUCAAAGUAGACUAUCAAAGUUUUUGCAUCAAAAAUGUGCAUAAAGCCAGUUCUUCCUAGUGGGACCAGCAUCAAGCUAGUCUGUAUGGUCAAAGGAGGAAGGUGCAGGCAAUCACAAUUCACAGAGAAAUUCCACAAAAGCGGGAUAGCAAGUUUGCCCAGCUGGGGCUUGUUUUUUGUUGUUGUUUUUUUUAUUGACCACUGCAAAAAGCUGAGUUAUAGGCAAGGUAAUUAGAAUCUAGCAGAAAGAGUUGUAAUCUUCUUGAGAACCUUUCUUACUGUGCAUACAGUCUUGGUCUUGUUACAGAAAGACAGCUCAUCCCAUUGAUGGUUAUCCUGCUUUGAUAUGGUAGUAGAACGUGUUCUUGGAUAACCAGAAUAAAAGCAUGAACUUUGACAAAUCAAAAUGCUCAGGGCAUUGGUAAUGGAGAGAGAACUUAUUACCUCUUCCUGUCGCCUCUGCAAACUCAGUCUGAUUUCAUAUCUGCAUCUAGUUUGUGUGAAGUGAGUUAGUCUGUCUUAUCUAAUAUAUGUACACCCAUAUUGUAAAAGCCUCUGUAACUACCAUGCUAGAUGGCCUCUCUGACAGUCAGUCCAAAGAAUCCAGUGAUUGAGAAUUUUUUUUCUGACACCGGUGCCAUCCUGCUGGUCAGGUCUGAGGUACUUUGGCAGGAAACCACAUGUACCACAGCUGCUCCUUUUCUACCUGUUAUUUGGUUAUGCAGGGAACUCCAGGAUUGUCAACUCAGCAUCGAGUCUAGGAUUCCUUUAAAAAACAGGCAGGGGGAAAGAUGUUAUCCUGGGUGGAGGAGAUUUUCAGUUGAGAAAUCAGAGAACUGUCUGUAAAAUUUACAAACUUAUUUGUUUAAAAAAGUGUGCUGAAGUCAGAGCCAGAACCAUGGUCAAAAUAUUUUGUCAAAAUGGGAUUAAAUGGAUUUUUAUGAGGUUUCACUACUGAUCCUGGAGAAAGAUCCAUAAUGAGUUAGUCUCUGCUGAUCUUAUGCCUGACAAGUCCCACUGAUUGGGAUUUACAGACCAUGUCAUUUGUUGGGGAGUGUGCAGCAAAGGGGAACUAUCAGAAGGAGACACUCUCUCCUGAAGAGCAGGUAGUAGUACAUGCUCAAAGCUAACUAAAGCCUUAAUUGUCCUGCGCCAGCACGUUCAUCCUGUGCAAUUGCACUGGUGCUCUGCAUUUGAAACUGCUAUAAUGAAAUGUAAAUUGAGUUCAUUUAGUACUCUGGAAGCUUACAACCAUGGCAGCUACUGGAAAGAGGGAAGUCAGUGUCUAUGAAAUAUGCCUAUGGCAUUUGUCACAGCUGACAGCAGCCUAACAUGACUGAGUCAGUAAAACUGCCUUUUAUCCAUGUAAUGCAGAUUUUUUUUUAAAGCUAUGUCGUUUUUAAUUAGUUAUCACAGUGAGGUGAUUCAGAAAUGUUUUUUUUUUAAUUUUGCAAAAGACGUAGUCAUAGACUGGAUGUUUAGGAUUCUGCACUGAGACCUGUAUUUGUUUGUUAAGGAUCUGAAUAAAGAGAACCAUGAAGCAAGAACCUGAUGAUGACAAAGUCAAGACUAGAGGAGCAGGGUGGUGGAGAGAACAACGAGAAACCAAACUCAGUGUAGACAAGUCUAAGGUAAUGUCCUCUGGAAAGAGUAAGAGUAUUCCUGAAUAUUCCCACGUCUCAAAAUAGCUGUAGCAGAUUGGGAAGGGGCAGAGGUAUUGCUGUGCAUAUUUACUUUUGUAAACCUUCCUUUUGUCAGUAUUUAACAACAGAUCUAAGAAUUCAUUAGUUUGCACAGGAACUAGGAGAAAAAAACUAAGACACUCAUCAAAUACAGUUAACAUUAAAGAUAAAGGCAUACUGGGUUCACUUAACUCCCUUCUGUUUGUAUCACACCUUUAACCUGGUGACCAGAGAGGCUGAGGGAUUUUAUUUUUACAAUCUCUUUAACCCUAUUUUGAGGACUAAUAUUAGCAUAGAGAGGAAGACAAAAGGAGGAACAUGAUAGAGGUAAGUUAAAAUAAAUGGUGUGGAGAGAGUUUUGUUACUUUUUGUAGUGUCCACACAAAAUACAUGCAAUGGAAUUUAAAAGUCAAAUGAAUAAAUGUUUAUAAAGAUA